AUUUGAUUUCUAGUUUUUGGAAAAUUUUAACUUAAAUUAUGUAUAUUGUUUAUUGUAGGUGUUAGAGAUUAUUGCUGUAAAAAAUCAAUUAUGGCUGUUUCAAAGUUGAUACGGAUGUAAACGAAUGGUAGAGGAAGUAGAGGCCAACUCAAGCAUGUCGGCGCUUGCCAUCCUAUCAUGUCGACAAAACUCGCACCCCUUCCAGGAGCGUCACAUUACGCUCCUGGAACCGAUGAAGAUAGGGAGGUCAGUAGCCCGUGCAAGACCAGCUCCAAACAAUGGCAUCUUUGAUUGUAAGGUGCUCUCUCGCAACCAUGCCAUGCUAUGGUACGAGAAUGGAACUUUCUACCUCCAAGAUACCAAGAGCAGCAAUGGGACAUUUGUUAAUGACCAGAGACUGUGUAAAGGUGGCGAGGAAAGUCCACCCAGAGAAAUUUACUCCGGGGACCUUAUACAGUUUGGUGUCAAUGUUAUGGAAAACAACAGACGUGGGGAGAAAAUUACUCAUGGCUGUAUCAUAGCAACCAUCACACUGUUUCACCCAGAUGGUAGAGAGGCUAAACCUGUCUUGUUCAACACACCAACCCCAGGAAUUACAAUACAGUCCCAGGAGCUGUACAGGCUCGCUCAAUACCUACAGGAGGCACUUCACAGGGAAAAAAUGCUCGAACAGAAAUUGUCAACCCUUCAAAAACUUGUACAAAAUACUCAGGAAUCUUCUGAAGGGGGAUGGCAGGCUCUGAUAGAUGAAGACAGAUUGUUAUCUAGAUUAGAAGUGCUAGAAAAUCAACUUCAUGCUUAUUCAAAGAAUCAUAGUGAGGAUACUUUGAGACAAGAACUAGUCCAGUUACAAGAAGAGAAACUGAAUUAUGAAACCACAGCCAAGGAAUCUUUGAUGAAAGUUUUACAGGAGAAGAUUGAGGCAGUUACAAAGUUAUCUGAUCUUGAACGUUCACUGACCAAAUCCGAGGAUGAGUGUACUCAUAUGAAGGACAUGUGUGAACAAUCACAGGAAGAACUUCAAGUUUUAGCUGAAAAAUAUCAGGACCAACUGAAAGCUGUACAAGAUAUACAAAUACAGUUACAGGAUGCUGAGACUAAGCAUAUGGAGGAUAUAGAGAAAGGAGAAAAAGAGAAACUAGAUCUACAAGAUAAACUAGAGGAGAUGAUUAAACAAGAGGCUGCAUUGACAGCUAAAAUUGAAGCGUUACAAGCAGACCAGGAUAUAUCUAAUGAACAACUGACCACAAUGAAAGCUAGACUGGACCAGUUUAAGGACACAAAUGAAGAUGAUCAUAUCAACAACAUGAAAGCUUUAGACUCAGACUCGGAGAAAAUGGACUCUGAAAGUGAAGUUAUAUCAUCUGUGAUUAUUAAACCUACUGUGAAAUCUGACAAAGAAAGUACUGAAGAUGUACCUGAAGAUGUGGAAGGAAAGCUGAAAGAAACCCAGAAACAAAUAGAGGAGUACAAAUUGAAAAUGGAAGAACAAGAGAAGAAUCUACAAGAUAGUGCUGAGAAUGUUGAACAAUUACAAAGAGAUUUGGAAGCUUCAAAGCUAGAAUCUUUACAGUAUGUUGCUAAAAUAGCAGCUCUAGAAGAUAAGUUAAAGCUGUCUGAUUUACAUAUGAACCAAAUGGUGGAAACAACAAUGGCUGACUUGAAAUCACAAAUGACAGAGAGCACAAAACAAUCAACAAACAGCAGUGAUCUGAUAAGUCAUUUACAAGAUCAAGUAUCAGAUUUAGAAAGAGAGUUGGCCUUAUAUAAAAUACCUCAACCAGAGAGAGCUAUGGAUACAACACUGGUCUGCUCGGCCCUAGAUGAGGUUGAUUCACUCACAAUCAAACCAAAAUAUUCUUCUGUUGAUGACUCGGAACUAGAAAAACUAUUACAGGAUGCUAGACGUUUACUGUCAAAGACUGAAGGUGAUCUAGGCAAAUGUAAACAGGAACUGAAUGAGUCACAAACAGAAAUUAAACAGGUCAAGGAAGAAAACAGUGCCUUGAAAACAGAUCUUGUACAAGCUCAAAGCCAGGUCCACGACAAAUCAGAAAUGGUCAUUGAUCUUCAAGAGCAAUUACAAAAAGCAGAAAAUACAACAAAAGAAGUUAAAGAGCAAAUACUGGAACUGAGAGAUCAACUUGUAGAAGAACAGAAAGUAUCAAAACUAAACCAGGAGGAAAUUGCCUCAUUGAAAGGUAUGUAUAUAUAUACACACACAAUAAUUAUAUUAUACUCAAUCAUACAUUGUAAUACCCUACAAUAG